GCAGUAUAAGGGUAUGCUAAUUAGUGGGAGAUUUUGGGGGGAAGGGGUGGAAUAUCAAUUUUUAUUGCAUCACCUGUCAGGAGUGUCCAAUCAGCGCUGGCUUUAGGGGAAUUAAUUGAUGAAGGUGUCUCCGGACGAGCUCACUUCACUCUGUCAUUUUAUUUGUAGCUAAAGCAGCGGCGGGAAUAGCAGCUGCAUUUCUUUUCUCUUUCUCCCUUCACAUUCCAUUAUCAUAGUGCUCCAAUGGAGAAGGAAGGAAGAGAGGGGCCCAGGUACUGAUCUGCAGCGGGAACUUAGACCAACACACUGGCAGAUCAGAAACCGGAUGGUUUUUUCCCUCUUUUUUAAAAAAACGAAAACCAAAAAAAAAGCAAGAAUCAAGUCAGUGUAAUUUCAUGGUUUUUUUUUCUUCUUUUCCUUUUUCCAAUAAUUUCGUCUAGAGUUUGGCACUCCCUUGGCCGGGAAUAACAGUCUUUGUUAUUUUAUUAGCAGGAUGGCUUGAGACACACGCAGCAGCUGGUGGAGGAUUAACAUACAUACAUGUGUAUGUAUGCGUCACGUAUAUAUUUACUGCAAAUGGUGGGGAUCAUUUAGUGCCCGAGAUGGGAGACCUGAAGUCAGGUUUUGAAGAGGUGGAUGGCGUGAGGCUCGGCUACCUCAUCAUUAAAGGAAAGCAAAUGUUUGCCCUCUCCCAAGUCUUCACGGAUCUGCUGAAAAACAUCCCGAGGACGACCGUGCACAAGCGCAUGGAUCAUCUGAAAGUGAAAAAGCACCACUGCGAUCUGGAGGAGUUGCGGAAACUCAAGGCCAUCAACAGCAUCGCCUUCCACGCCGCCAAAUGCACGCUCAUCUCCCGGGAAGACGUGGAAGCGCUCUACACCUCCUGCAAGACCGAGCGCGUCCUCAAGACCAAGCGCCGGCGGGUCGGCCGGGCCCUGGCCACAAAGGCGCCGGCGCCGGAGCGCGCGGCCGCGGCCGCCGGCCCCCGCCCGGCCUUCUGGAAGGAGCGGCCGCAAGUUUGGCGCGGCCUGAGCGGAGCGGCGCGGGCGCUGCCAAUCAGCGCGCAGACCCCGCGCCCCGGCGCCGCCGCCGCGCGCCCGGCCACCCAGCUACCUCAGCUUUUCAGCAAGUACCCGGGCUCGCACUACCCGGAACUCGUGCGCUCGCCUUGCAAGCCCCCUCUAAACUACGAAACUGCCCCGCUGCAGGGAAACUACGUCGCUUUCCACUCGGACCCGGCUUACUUUCGGAGCCUGCUGUGCAGCAAGCACCCGGCCGCCGCCGCCGCCGCCGCGGCCGCCGCCGCCGCCGCCGCCGCCGCCGCGGCCGCCGCCUACUACCAGGCGUCGGCGGGCCGGCCCCAGCCCAAGGCGGCGGCGGCGGGCGCCGGGGGCCCGGUGAGCCUCACCUACCGCUGCAAGCGCAAGCGCGGGCCCGCCAAGGACUGCCUGCUCGCGCCCCACGCCGGCGCCCGCCGCCUGCUGCUGCUGCCCAGGUCCUACAAAGCCAAGGCGGCGGCGGCGGCGGCGGCGGCGGCAGCGGCGGCGGCGGCCGCCGCGGGGGCCACUUGCCUGGAGAGGUUUCAUCUGGUCAACAGCUUCUGCCCGCCUCCCCACCACCACCACCACCACCAUCACCACCACCACCACCAUCACCACCACCACCACCGGGCCCAGCCGCCGCCGCCGCCGCCGCCGCCGCCGCCGCCGAACCACCCACCCCCUCGUCACCACCGACCGCAGCCCCAUCUGGGCAGCUUUCCCGAGAGUUGCAGCAGCGACUCGGAGUCCAGCUCCUACUCGGACCAUGCCGCCAACGACUCGGAUUUUGGCUCCAGCUUGUCCAGCUCCAGCAACUCUGUGUCCUCAGAGGAGGAGGAGGAGGAGGGAGAAGAGGAGGAGGAAGAGGAGGAGGAAGAGGAGGAGGAGGAGGAGGGGGGCAGCGGGGCCUCGGAUUCCAGUGAAGUCAGCUCGGAGGAGGAGGACUCGUCCACGGAGUCGGACUCCAGCUCCGGCUCCAGCCAAGUGUCGGUGCAGAGCAUCCGUUUCAGGCGCACCAGCUUCUGCAAGCCGCCCAGCGUGCAGGCACAGGCCAACUUCUUGUACCAUCUGGCCUCCGCCGCCGCCGCCACCAAACCCGCUGCUUUCGAGGACGCCGGCAGACUUCCCGACCUCAAGGGUAGUGUCAAAGCGGAGUCGCCAGAGGAGUGGAAUCCGCAGGACUGGGCCCUCAAAGCGUCUCCCGUGUACUGCCCAGCCAGCCUGGGGAGUUGUUUCCCGGAGAUAAGGAACGAUAGGGUAUCUGAGGUUACAUUCCCACACUCUGAAAUUGCCAGUACAGUAAAGAGAACAGACCUGACAAUUAACUGCCUGGCGGAGGGGGCCUCUUCACCUAGCCCAAAGACAAACAAUGCAUUUCCACAACAAAGAAUACUCCGAGAGCCUAGGAAAUGCCUACCGGCAACUCCUGCUACACACUGUGCAGAUAACAACGCAAUAGCUGCUAGGUUCGUAAAGAAUGGGUCUUCGGAAGCAGCAGCAAAUUCAGAAAAAGAUUCCAAAAUCCCUCAUUGUCCCGAGUUUGCCACGGAUUUGCCCACUUCGCAAACUGGUCUAGAGGUGGAAGCAGCAGCAGCAGCUAAAGCCGAGAAUCUCUGCACUGACUCGGCAUUGCCAUUUCUGCACAAUAUUAAAAUCAAAAUAGAAGACAGUAGUGCUAAUGAAGAAUAUGAACCUGACCUUAUUGCAAAUAAGCUAAAGUGUGAGUGCAAUGAUACAAAGGGUGAGUUUUACAGUGUGACUGAAAGUAAAGAGGAGGACGCCUUGUUAACCACAGCCAAGGAAGGUUUUGCAUGCCCUGAGAAAGGAACUCCUUCCUUAAUUCCACUGGCUCGGAGUCAGGGCCUCUCAUGCACUUUAGGUUCUCCAAAACCUGAGGAUGGGGAAUAUAAAUUUGGUGCCAGGGUGAGAAAAAAUUACCGGACACUUGUACUGGGAAAGCGACCUGGACUUCAGACACCUCCAGUCAAACCAAAUUUGAAAUCAGCUAGAAGUCCUCGUCCUACAGGUAAAACUGAGACACAAGAAGGAUCACUGGAUGAUUUUACAGUUUUAAGCAGACGCAAAAAGGUAGCCAGCAAUGUAGCAUCAGCGGUGAAAAGGCCAUUUAAUUUCAUGGCAAAUUUUCCCUGUCCACCAUCACUCAUUAUUGGGCAGGACGGGGAUUUGUGGCCGGCGUAUUCUUUAAACACCACUAAGGAUUCCCAACCUCCUCACAAGGCCCAUCCUAUAUGGAAAUGGCAGCUGGGCGGUUCCGCAAUACCUCUUCCACCUAGUCACAAAUUCAGGAAAUUUAAUUCAUAAAAGUGUUUUGGAAGAUAUUUUCUUGAACCAUAUUACCUUCCUUUUGUUGUAAAUGGCACAGGAUGGUUUGUACAAGUCCAUUAAUGUGUUACACCCCCUUUGGAGUCCCGGUUUAUUCGGUUUAUUGCAUUUUGAAGACAGAAAUCGGAUUACUUUUUUUUUUUUCCA